UCGCUCUCUUAUCCGCCGCCUUGUGCCCUCCAUCCUCAGGCGAUCGCACAGGCACGAACAGCAGACAUCCGAGGAGGUGGUGUUUUUUUUCCUUUGCCGAGGAUGGGGAGGCCGAUCCGCCGCUGACCAAGGAAGUCUGGUGUAGAUGCAGAGCCAGAGGAGAGCCCAGGGAGCAGCAGCAGCAGCAGCAGCAGCAGCAGCAGCAGCAGCAGUAGCAUCACAGGGGCUGUAGAUGCCCUCUCAACAGCCCCAGUCCCGGUCCCAGCCCCCCCUCAGGCAUCUGUGGGACAACCAGGACAGAGAGGAGACAGCUCCUGCUCUGACUCUGACAGUCCUCUAGAGUCCAGCUCCAGUGAGGAGGAGGAAGAGGAGGAGGAGGAGGAGGAAGACCCCACUAUGUUUUCUUCAAAGUUCCUCAGCGGGGCCAACCCCCUCAAUGCUGUGUCCUCUGCUGUAAAUAAGUUUGGCUUAUUUGGAGAUGAUGGGGAUGGUAAUAAAAAUCAGAAAGUAUCUCCCCAGCAGGGGUUGAACCCUUCUGGAGAACAGCAGCCAGGAGCAGGCCCAGGCAAAGCUCCUCAACAGCAGCAGGGACCCCGAAGUUCAGGCCAGGGGCCCCCUAUGCAAAAGAGUCAGCCACCUCAUAAACAAGGGUCGCCUCAGCUGCAUGGAAGUGGACAGGCUGGGCUCCUGAACAAGUCUGGUGGACAACAAGCUGCUCCAAAGGCAGGGGGGCCGCCUGGAGGCCAGAUUAAAGGAGAGCCCCAAAAAAAUCUACCUAAGGGCCCACUGCAGCAAGGUUCACCUAAGCCUGGAGCUCAGCAACAGAUUCUGUCGAAGAAUGGAGCACAACCAGAAUCUCCAAAGGCAUCAUCUCAACAUCAGGUUCCACUGAAGACAGGGAUCCAACAACAAGGGCCUGCUAGGACUGGUACACAGCAGCAAGAACCUGCAAAGACUGGGGUGCAUGGGUCCACAAAGGUUGGGCCACAAAAACCUGGCUCACAGCAAGUGCAACCUAAAGUAGGACAGCCACAGCAGGUGUCACCUAAAACUGGAAAACAACAACAGGGCUCACCUAAACUUCCACAGCAACAACAGGGUUCCCCUAAAGUUGCACAGCAACAACAGGGCACAUCGAAGGUGGGGCAACAGCAGCAAGGCCACAGGACAACAGCCCAACAGCAGUCGUCUGGAAACCCUGGGCCACAGCAACAAGGCCCUAACGGACCUAAUGCACCUGGCCAGUCCCGGGCAGGGUCUUCAUCACCCGCAACAACCAAAGCCGGAUCUCAUUCAAAAGCAGUCGCUAUGUGUCUUUGCCCAGUGUGUAACACAACAGAACUAAAUAUGCAUACCAAGGAACCAUCUAACCAUAAAACCUGUACACAGUGUAAAAUGGAAGUGUGUAGCUUGUGUGGCUUCAGCCCUCCAGACUCUGAUGGUGGUGAGUGGCUUUGUCUUACCUGCCAGAUACAGAGAGCUCAAGGAACUUCUGAACCACUGGGACAUCCCAUGAAAAAGCAAACACCCAGCAAAGUUUCUUCUCAGAACCAAAUGUCAUCUCCUGCAGCACCUGUCAAAACAGACAUGUCUGCACCAGGUUCACCGCAGAAAAAGCAGUCUACCAUGGCAAACGUGUCGGCGAAGACUGAAGCAGCUAAAAGACCAGAAAGUCAAAAACAGGCCAGCUCAGCAUCUGUUCAGAAAAUGACGCCUGAGACCCAGGGAGCAUCAGGGUCUCAAAAACCAGACCAGGCUAGUCAAACCGCACGCAAGCAAAGCAGCGCCACCCCAGCUCCCCAGCAGGAGUCAGGAUCUGCAAAGUCUCAAGAGUCAGUGACUGGGAAGAUGUUUGGUUUUGGUUCCUCUAUUUUCAGUUCUGCAUCUACUUUGAUAGCCUCAGCUGUUCAAGAUGAGCCCAAGACUACACCACCAUUUUCUCCCAAAAUCCAGUCUACAAAGGAAACAAAACCCACUUCAGACCAAAACAGGAAACAAGAGCCACCCCAGCAAGCAAAGGCUUUAGCAGGACAGGCCAAAGUGGAAAAAGCUCCACCUGAGACUACGAAGGCUUCCCACAAUCCUCCUAGAGCAGGCCAGUCCACCUGUCCACUCUGUAAGGUUGUGCUCAACUUGGACUCAAAGGAUCUACCCAACUACAACACCUGCACUGGAUGCAAAAGCACUGUCUGCAACCAGUGUGGAUUUAACCCCAUGCCAAAUGUAAAAGAGGAGUUUAGUCAAAGAAACCUGCUUUAA